AUGUUGCUGAAAGAGGAAGAGAGCAACAUGGAGCGUGCGUUAGAGAAAAAGCGAAUGCUUUUCGAGGAGAAAAUGCGCCAAAAGGAGCUGCAGGAAAGGAGCAUCCUUUAUGCAGAAGCGUUGCGGAAGAAGCAGGAGCAUAUAAUGCGGAUGAAGUCCAACCAGAGCUCAUUUGAGAAGGCGAUGGCUGCUCUGGAUGAAGAGCUAAAAAAAGUCAAAGUUGAGAACGUUAAACCGCUAAAAGUUUCCAACGUCGAGCAGUUGGAAAAAGAUGCCGGUGAAAGCGAUACUGCUUUGGAAAGCGACGAAGAAGACCAACCUUGUUCGGUAAUUUCGGAGAUUCAAUCUGCGAAAAGCGUCGAACGUACUCGGAAACGAUCUGAGCAAGCAAACGAUGGAAGCCAAUACGGGCUGGGGCAACAUCGGACCGGGCCGACGAAAGCUCAGUUGGCAGCUAGAAAUGGGAUUACCAAAAAGCUUCCCUGCUUUUCCGGAAAACCAGAAGAGUGGCCACUGUUUUUCGGUACGUAUCAAGCCUCGAACGAAGCCUGCGGCUACACCGAUGUCGAGAACCUUGUGCGACUGCAGGAGAGCCUUAAGGGACCGGCCCUAGAGUGGGUGCGCGGCCAACUAAUUCUUCCGCAGACCGUUCCGAGGGUAAUUAUCAAGCUGCAACAGCUGUACGGUCGUCCGGAACAAUUGCUACAGAGCCACCUGGAGAAAGUCCGCAAACUGGAGUCGCCGAGAGCUGAUAAGCUUGCCAGCUUCAUCCCUUUCGGGAACGCUGUGGAGCAACUGUGCGAACAUCUGGAAGCAGCAAAUCUCAAGCAGCACCUCGUAAAUCCGCUGCUUAUCCAGGAUCUCGUCGACAAGCUUCCUGACAGUGAAAAACGACAGUGGGUUCGCUUCAAGCGGUGCGCCGAUGAAGUAACAUUGAGGACAUUCACAGAGUUUCUGUCAGAAAUAGUGGCGGACGCUUGCGAAGCGAAUGUAAGCAUGGAGUACAAGCUCGCGACUAAACCUGCAAGCGGUGGCCAGUUCGGGAGAGAACACGCAAAAGGGAGAGGAGCAAUGUACUACCAUAGUGAAGAGGAGAACUUGGAUGAAACCGCGAACGUCGAGCGGACAAGCUUUCGGCCGUGCAAAGUGUGUCAGUGUACUGACCAUCGUCUGCGGCAUUGUGCAGAGUUUAAGAAAUUACGAUAUGUUGACCGGCUGAAGGUUGUGAAUCACUGGAAACUUUGCUGUGUUUGUCUGAAUGACCACAGCGGACGGUGCGGUUUCAAAAUACAGUGCAAUGUGGGAGAAUGCAGAGAACGACACAAUCCGUUGAUGCAUCCGGUGAAUACCGUGGUUGGUAUAAGUGCUCACAUCUGGAAUCAAACGAAAGUUAUGUUUCGAAUGAUUCCCGCUCAGUUGCACUUUGGAGGGCGAUCGAUUACGGUACUGGCGUUUUUGGACGAAGGAGCGUCCGUUACACUCAUCGAGAAAAGGAUGGCAGAUCGUCUUGGACUUGUGGGUGUCCCGGAGAAGCUGACCAUUAAGUGGACAGCAGAUAUCACGCGAGUGGAGAAGGAUUCCAGCCGGAUGAAUGUGUGGGCAUCGGCAGUCGGAAGUAAGGACAAGGUGCUGCUGCACACGGUUCGAACGGUAGAGAAUCUGAUGUUGCCGCAUCAAAAACUGGACUCCAAGGAGAUUGCAACCCAGUUCAAGCACAUGCGGGGAUUACCGAUCGCGUCGUACGAUGGACAACCCGGAAUACUUAUAGGGCUCAACAAUGUGCAUUCAUUUGUGCCGUUGGAAGCGAAGAUCGGUGCGACUGCAGAGCCAAUAGCGGUGAAGUGCAAACUUGGAUGGACUGUGUACGGCCCGAGACAGUCGAACACUGCUUUUGAUGGUGGGUAUAUGGGUUAUCACCACGAAGUAAGCAACGAGGCCCUGCAUGACCUGCUGAAAAGCCACUACGCUCUGGAGGAAUCGGUCGUGGCGGUCGCGCAGGAAUCGGCAGAGGAUAAACGAGCGCGAGAGAUAAUGGAGCGGACCACAAAAAGGGUGGGAAAUCGCUUCGAGACCGGACUACUGUGGAGGACAGAUGAUCCACGAUUUCCGGACAGCUUUCCGAUGGCUCUGCACAGGAUGAAGCAGCUGGAGAAAAAACUGGAGAGAAAUCCGGAGUUGCACAAGAACGUUUGUCGGCAGAUAGAAGAGUUUCAGCAGAAAGGAUAUGCACACCUGGCAACUGCAGAAGAAUUGAUCCGUACGGAAACAGAUAAGGUGUGGUACCUACCGUUGAAUGUGGUGACAAAUCCCAGAAAGCCUGGCAAAGUGCGCUUGGUAUGGGACGCCGCAGCUUCGGUGCAAGGAGUGUCACUCAACACGCAGCUACUGACGGGACCCGACUUGCUGAUUCCACUGGUGCAAGUGAUAGUAGGUUUCCGGGAGCGACGGAUUGCAUUCGGUGGCGAUCUUCGAGAAAUGUACCACCAGGUGAAGAUCGUCGAACGCGACAGACAGGCUCAACGCUUCGUGUUCCGGAAGAAUUUCGGGGAGAAGCCAAGCAUUUUUGUAAUGGACGUUGCGACGUUUGGCUCUACAUGCUCUCCUAGUUCGGCACAGUACAUCAAAAACAAGAACGCAGAAGAACACGCUGUUCAAUAUCCAGAGGCGGCAGCGGCCAUAAUCCAUCGUCACUACGUCGACGAUUAUUUCGACAGUGUCGACACCGUCGAAGAGGCCAUCAACCGGGCGAUGCAGGUGCGUACAAUUCACAAAAAUGGUGGGUUUGAAAUCCGGAACUGGGUUUCCAAUGUACCUGAAGUUCUCCGAAUGCUGGGGGAAGAAAAGCAAGUCACGCCAGUACACUUUGGUCGGGACAAGCAGAGUUGCAGUGAACGAGUUCUUGGCAUCAUUUGGGAUCCAAACAUGGAUGAGUUUUCCUUCUCUACGCUGCACCGUCCGGAGAUGAUGGCGUACUUAUGCAACGAGAAACGACCCACGAAGCAGAUUGCAUUAAGCUGCGUGAUGGGAUUCUUUGACCCGAUGGGAUUGCUGUCUCCUUUCACAAUCCACGGCAAAAUAAUCAUCCAGCACCUCUGGCGAUUGGGCUGCGAUUGGAAGCAGGAGAUCGACGACGAGAGCUGGCGCUUAUGGAAGCGAUGGACUGGCCUACUGCCAGAGGUGGAUGCAGUUCGGAUCACACGCUGCUACCUCGGGAAUGCUGCGUCUUCAGCCGUUGAGUCGCUGGAACUUCACAUCUUUACUGAUGCCAGUGAACACGCAUACGGAUGUGUAGCGUACUUGCGAGCGGUGAUCAACGGAAACGUACGAUGUAGCUUAGUGAUGUCACGAGCGAAAGUGGCUCCACUGAAACGUCAGUCGAUUCCACGGUUGGAAUUAAUGGCUGCCGUCCUCGGUGCUCGACUGAGUCGAACGGUUCUAGGGAUGCACUCCCUGGAAAUUACACGUUGCAUUUUAUGGACGGAUUCUCGUACGGUGUGUAGCUGGCUGCAAUCGGAUCAGUACAAGUUUAAGCAGUUCAUAGCCUUCAGAGUCGGCGAAAUUCUUGAACUGACAAGGGUAAUCGACUGGCGCUGGUUGCCGACGAAGCUGAAUAUUGCGGAUGUGCUGACUAAGUGGGGAUCCGGGCCCCCGCUGAGCAGCGACGGAGAGUGGUUCAACGGGAAAUCAUUCCUGUAUUAUCCGGAAGAGGAGUGGCCGAGCAAGGUGAUGCCGUUUGAGGAAACUAGCGAAGAGGCGAGAGGAGUAGUGCUAUUCCAAGAACUGAUCGACGUCAAGGCUACUUCGCGGUGGAUGGCACUGGUGAGAGUGACUGCAAGCGUGGUUCGCUUCAUUGCGAAUUCGGUCGAUUAA